UUGUUUUGAUAAUAGGUAACAUUGAUUUUAAGUCUUGUGGGGAUGUCUUUGUAAUGCCCUAUAAGUUCCUAGGCUUCCAAUUUCAGUAACUACAGACUUAAUGACGUAAUAAGAUGCUAGAAGGAUACAAUACUUACAUAAGUAAAGUAACCAAAUAUUAUUUCCGAAGAUAAUUAGGCUGUAUACCCUUAAAGCCCAAACUGUGAUUAAAUGAGAUCAUGAAAAGAGGGUUUGGCAAGGGUGUUUUAAGUCUUUCAAUUCCAGUAAAUGGAGAAGAGGGUCCGAGAGACUAGGACACAUCCUUCUGUUGCAAUUUCCUAAGACGCCUCAUAGCCUCCUACUCAUAAGUAUGGCGCGCUUCACACCCAUGAAUAAGACUCUAUUUGACGUGGCAUGUUGGACACCCUAGGACACUUGAACUUUGCGCUCUGAUACCAAGUUUGUCACGACCCGACCUAGGGCCUAAUUGUAACACGGCGAUCGAAACCCCGAAGGGCUUCAACCAAGUCUCUUGUACGUAUCAUAUAAGCAUACAUAAGGUAAAUUAAAAUUGAAAACAUCAUAAGAAAAUCUAAACCAUGAAUAGCAAAUGAAGAAUGUCACAUGACAACAUAGACUCGAAACAUUUGUCCAACUAGAUGCCUCUACACAUGAACAUUGGCGGGGGCUAAGACAUGUCCCCAGCUCACCCUCAAUAUGAAACAUAACAAAAGGUCUUUGAAAAUAAUAACCAACUCGCUGACUAGUCCUCGAUAAAUGAGGACUCACUACAAACACCGCCGGAUAGGAAAGUUUAACUAGCCAUGUGAACGAAUAUGACCUUCAACCUCAACCUCUACUUUAUGAGAUAAUGUAGGCAAAAAAAUAUGCAUUAGUACAUUGGAAUGUACUAAGUAUGAGGGUAUGACAUGCAACGUAAAUCAUGAAAUGCAAUGGUCAAGUAAAACACAUGAUAAGAUGAGAUAAGUAAAGUCAUGAGAAAAUCAUAAUGACCAAAGCAUUUGAAAAACAUUAUUGACAUCAUGAAAAUACAUAUGAUAUCGUACAUAUGUGGGAUAGGAACCAUAACCGACAAUAAGACCAUGCAAGCUAUAACAUGGAAUCCCGUUGCCUCCCCAUACAACGAAGAAAAAGGGGAAUCUACUUGCCAAGGUAAACUCUACCUCGCUAAGCGGGUCAUACAUACGUUAUAUGUGGAUCCAAUAGCUAGGCCAAAAGGGGAAAUCCUACGGUGGCACUUAGUUGUCACGACCCAACCUAGGGCCUAGUUGUAACACGGCGAUCGAAACCCUGAAGGGCUCCAACCAAGCCUCUUGUACAUAUCAUAAGCAUUAAUAAGAUAAAGUAAAAGAGAAAACAUCAUAAGAGAGUCUAAACCAUGAAUAGAAAUUGAAGAAUGUCACAUGAUAACAUAGACUCGAAAUAUCUGUCCAACUAGAUGCCUCUACUCAUGAGCAUGAGCGGGGGCUAAGACAUGUCCCUAGCUCAUCCUUAAUAUGAAAUAUAACAAAAGUCUUUGAAAACAAUAGCCAACUCGAUGACUAGUCCCCGAUAAAUGAGGACUCAUCACAAACACCGCCGGAUAGAAAAGCUUAAUUAGAGAUUUAGGUUAAUUUAUAGAGCUAAAUUAGGUCAUAAGAACGUCUAGGUUCAUUAACUAUCAAUUAGAGAAAAGUCUAAAGUGCCCUUACUUAAUUAGAAAUUUAGGUUAAUUUAUAGAGCUAAAUUAGGUCCUAAGAACGUCUAGGUUCAUUAACUGUCAAUUAGGGAAAAGUCUAAAGUGCCCUUACUUAAAACUGAAUUCGGACAAAAACCAUCGCCCUGGUCUGUGAUGUGGAGGUGUUCCCUAAUAGGCCAAUUUUGAGCGAAUGAGAUUUUGACCAGAUUUUGACUCGGGAAAAAUUGCACUAAACGGGAGCAAGUCCGCGUCGUUUUGCGCAGUUUCUUUGAAAAAUGUAUCUUUCGAUAUAUGGGUCCUAAAAAUCCACCGAGGGCAUUUUCCCCCAGGUUUUGUCCCCCUGAUCGAUAUUCCGAAUUCGGAUUUGCCAAAAAGAUUAAGGAUAAUGUAUUACGUGAGCGGCCUAUUCCCAAGGCAUUCUUAAGACACUUGUGAGCAUUUUGAGGAAUGUUACAAGGUUAAUAAAAACACCAAAGAAAUGGGGGGAAGAUACUUCUUUUCUGUGUUGGACGAAGCCAUCAAAUAUUUUGGCGAAUUUCAGACCUUAAUAGAAUUUCUAAUUAGUCGAGUAUAUCUUUUGGGAUGUAGAUUAUUAAAAUAACCAUAAGUCAUUGGUAUUAAGAACGUUAUUGAGUUUUUGAGAAUGGAAACUAGAGUUAGAUUAGAAACAUAAUCAUAAAAGUGAAUGAAGUUCUCAAUUAAGCUUUGAAGUAGUUUCAGAACUUGCUAUUGUUAGUUGAGUAUGUCUUGCUGAUCUUAGCUCUAUAUUCGUAGCCUGUGAGCUGUUGAAUACUCUCGAAACUUGAAGAAAGGGAAUUGAAUUUAAAGCUUUCAGGGAUCGAUGUUCCUCCUCGUCCUCCUCCACGUGGCUAGUUGAGAUUGCUUGAAGGUUUCUUUUGGUGACAUCAAAAUACUGCCAUUCAGAUGAUAUGCAUGCUAUCCCAGAAAGCUUUUGCCUUAAAGGAGAGGCUCUGAGCUCUACUUCUGAUGGUUCUUCGUUGGAAAUUGUUACUAAAACUCACGGGAGGCCAAAUGGGUAUCGUGAGGUUUUGAAGGGCAAGUGUUUGCACCUUGGAAUUGAUGAUUGUAGACAAGAUGUUGGUAAAACAGAUAUCAAUUCAAGAUUUGCUUCCAAAGGACCAAUACAUAAAUAUUACUUAAUAACAUAGCAAUGAGCAGCGAAGUCGAUCUCAGAUAUAUCCACUGUUUUGUUGAACCUAAACUGCCCAAGAUCUUUAUAUGAUUUGACUUUGGAGCCUUCAAUGACCACUGUGGAAUUUAAGGGAUAUCAAUGUCUCAGACUUCUCCAUUCUUGGAUAUCCAAGACUGCAUUUGGUGUUCCAAGCAACUCACACUUUGGCCCCCCAAGAUUUGAUUCCUAUUCCUUUGGCCAACCAGCAGUAUCCAUGUCCGGGAGCAAAGGAACAUUAGCCUUUAAUGCAACAAUGAAUGCUACAUCUGGUCAAACACAAAACGUAUCUUCGAGCUCGUCCACUUUAUCGACAUUUGGAAAGAGAUAUGACGUUAAUAGUGUGGCCAAUGAACCUCUGGUGUGGUCCAGGGAUGUCAAUGCCUCAGACUCCUCCAUACUUGGAUAUCCAAGAGCUCCUGAAUUUGGUAUUUCAAGCAACUCACACUUUGGCACCUCAAGAUCUGAUUCCUACUCCUUUGGCCAACCAGCAAAAAAGAAAGUACACCACCUUUUCUCAAGAGCUCUGGUUUUGGAAACUCAGCAUUUGGCAUCAUAUAUUGCAACUCCAGAGAACUAUAUCCCAGGAAGUGGUGGAAAAAUUCAAUCCAUUUGUGGAAUGCAGACUUAUAAAGAUAAAAGCCAGGAGGAGUUGAGGUUUGAGGACUACCAGUUAGGUGAUAAAGUUACCUUUUACAAGCCCUUCUCCUUUGUUGAUUCCACUGAUAUAGUUUUGAUGAUCAUUGGAACUAUUGCAACUAUCGGCAAUGGAUUGUCCCUGCCCAAUAUGACAGUUCUUUUUGGAGAAUGGACCGACUCCUUUGGACAAAAUCAAAAUAACAAAGAUGCGCUUGGGGUAGUCUCCAGGGUUUCAUUGAAAUUUGUUUACUUAGCUUUGGGAUGUGGGGCAGGUGCAUUUCUUUGCUUUUCAAAUAAGGAGUCUCUAUCUGAAACUAUUUAGCAGCAAGAAUUAGCUUUCUGUGAUAAGGAAACCAAUAUGGGAGAGGUGGUGGGGCGGAUGUAUGGUGACACUAUUCUUAUACAAGACGCAAUGGGCGAGUAGGUAGUCAUGCUGAAAAGCAACUCUACUAAGCCCUUCUUUGUGAAACCACUACAUAGUAAUUUGCUUUCUACAUAAAAGAUCCUUUGUGAGGAUAUGAUUGCUGUUUCUAUACUUGAUGAGGACAAAAUAUAAUAUAGAUAAAUCGACUGAAACAUAUGAUAAUUUGAAUGCUGAGAUUCUUAAUGAAUUGCUUGCUUCAUUGUCAAGAUUGGACAAAAAAUGUGUAGCACUUGAGAAUAAUAUUUGUUUCUCACACUUUCUCCUUGAUUUUGCCAUUGUAUGUCUAUUACUAAUUUCUUUGUUGUAGAAUUUCUCGCGUUUCUUCAACUUUUUUUGUUUCCACGUCAACUACUAUUACUUGUGUUGCUUUUUUAGUUUCAUGUUCUUUAAUUCAGUUUUUUCUCCAAUUUGUGGGAGUUUUAUUCCUGCGUCUGUACAUACUUAUUCGCAAGUAACUCCUAUUGGAUUUCUUUAUUUCAUACCCUCUUUCAAUUGUCUUCAUCUUUUCAAGGUAUCACAAUAUUACGUAUGAUUUUCUUGCACUUUUUGCACAAAUCUUCUUCAAGCUCAAAUUGGGUAUCCAUCUUUCUUAAACCUCUUCGUCUCCUUUUUGCUCAAACUGGGUAUCCGUCUUUACUAUCAAUUUGUAUGCCAAAGUGGGUUGCUUAACAAUUGAUGAUAAAACCCUACAACUAUUUAUACAUAUGUGUGUACAUAUACAGACAGUUGAUGCAUGUGCCUUUUCAUGUUUUCUUGUUCCAUUUCCGUUUGUGGGUCUGCAACUCUGUGUAGAAUGUAAACAUGCUUGAUUUUGAAGAUUCAAUUUAUCUUUUUGGGAACCUUUUAUGUAGUUGAUUUUUGUAUUCUUCUCUGGGCUAACUAACAUGAAUUGCACUAGAACAUAGAUUCAAUUGAUCAAGAUGUCACCUACAACUCUAAGAGUAACUUCACAAUUGUGGAGGGGAAGGUAAAUUUGCACUUCUAUGAAUAAAUAUAACUUCUAAAUUGCAAUUAAAUGUGUUCAAUCAAUAUGACAUGACUACAUUCAUCUACUUUUAUGUCUAGACACUUAUGUUGUUCAGAUUCCACUCCCACAUUCAUGUCGGUAUUUGAUUAGGAUGCAGAUUUAGAGGUUGGAUUGUUCAUCACAUAAAUUUAGGACUGAAAAGUAAGGAUUCAAGUGCAGAUACGAGUGCUGGGUUAGGACAAAUAAAUGUAUAUUACGACAUAUAAAUAAUAUUCUCAUGAAACCAAAAUACAAAUGCCGCAUGUUCUUGACCGAAGGUGCAUUUCAGUUUUCACUGAAACAGGUCCAGUGUUUCUCAUGCCACCUUCAUGUUCUAUUGUAAUUCAGGUCAGUAGUACCUUCUAAUCUAUAUGCUCUGCUAUACAAUAGGUAAUAUGCUCAUGAAACCAAAAUACAAAUAUAGAUGAGCCCUUCUUAUCUGUCUUCCAAUACGAAAUGUGUACUCGAGAUUGAGCACAUAUAAAAACAAUGUUAUACGUGUUAUCAUUUAACAAAACCUUUAAAUGUAAUUGUGUUCCUUAUGUCUCUAGGAGUCGGAAAAAGGAUACUGGCAUGUACCAACUGUAUCACAACUUGAAUCUGAAGAGGAAAGGACAUGGCUGUGCAUUAGGCGUGCCAAUUCACCUAUGGCAGAUCAAAAUUCUGCCAGUGUUAACAUAUGUUCCACCCACAGGUAUUUCCAAUCAGCUAAUUAAUGUGAAAUCAAAUCCAUGACCAAAUCAGCAAUAAAACACCGACGUGCACUUCAGAAAUCAAGCAGAAAACUUCCCAAAA